CAGUCAGUCAGUGGACGCCUCCGCCGCCGCAUGGCUUCAGUGAGCGUGAGCUCUUCCCAGAAACGAGCGGAAAGCGCCUGAAGCGAGAGCGACUGGACAUAGCACCCGGGCACCAGACGAAGGGACGCGGGUCUUCUAUGAAUCUCUGCGGGGUCCCGCUGGUGCAUGCUUAGAUCGAGGCUCUGGAGCCGAGUGUCGGCAGCACUAACGAGAGCCGAACCGCAGGAGAGUCCGGAGGCAUGAUUCUGAGAGCGAGCUCGGCCUUCACGGCCUUUCUGCUCUUAUGUCUCACCGAGGUGUCGGAUGGAUCGGGACAGUUCGAGCUGCAGAUCCUGUCCAUGCACAACGUGAAGGGAGAGCUGCAGAGCGGCGCGUGUUGUGACGGCUCGCGGAGCUCCGCUGACCGGAAGUGCACGCGGGACGAGUGCGACACUUUUUUCAAAGUUUGUCUGAAGGAGUACCAGUCCAGGGUGUCCGCCGCGGGACCCUGUAGUUUCGGAAUGGGAUCUACGCCCGUGCUGGGAGGGAAUACGUUUGCGCUGAGGAGCUCGCUCAGGAGCGACAAGUCGCGGAUUGUUUUGCCCUUCAGUUUCGCCUGGCCGAGAUCCUACACUUUGAUAGUGGAAGCCUUGGACUUCGACAACGAAACCAGCGGGUCAGAUGGAAAGUUGAUCGAGAAAGCCUUCCACUCAGGAAUGAUCAACCCCAGCCCCCACUGGCAGAAGCUGACCCACAACGGCCCCGUAGCCCAGUUUGAAUACCAGAUCCGCGUCAGCUGCGACGAGCACUACUAUGGCUUCGGCUGCAACAAGUUCUGUCGGCCGAGGGACGAGUUUUUUGGCCAUUACACGUGCGAUUACAAUGGAAACAAGACGUGUCUGGAAGGCUGGUCUGGACCGGACUGCACCACAGCAAUUUGCCGCCAAGGCUGCAGCACGGAACAUGGAUCCUGUAAGGAACCAGGUGGAUGCAAAUGCCUGUACGGGUGGCAGGGCCAGUAUUGUGACAAGUGUAUCCCCCACCCGGGCUGCGUCCACGGCACCUGCGUGGAGCCCUGGCAGUGCCUCUGCGACACGACCUGGGGAGGACAUCUGUGCGACAAAGAUCUGAACUACUGCGGCACUCACCAGCCCUGCCUGAACGGAGGGACGUGUAUCAACACAGGACCUGACAAGUACCAAUGCACGUGUGCUGAGGGCUACUCUGGAGCCACCUGUGAGAGAGCGGAACAUGCCUGUCUGUCUAACCCAUGCUCCAACGGUGGCGUCUGCUCUGAAACCAGUCAAGGCUACGAAUGUCAAUGUGCUGCGGGGUGGAGCGGUCCCUCCUGCACCAUCAACAUUGACGAUUGCUCCCCGAAUCCCUGCAACCACGGAGGAACCUGUCAAGAUCUAGUGAAUGGCUUCAAGUGCCACUGUCCUUCGCAGUGGUCCGGGAAGACAUGUUUGAUAGAUGCCAACGAGUGUGAAAGCAAGCCUUGUGUUAAUGCCAACUCGUGCCGCAACCUGAUUGGAGGAUACUUCUGCGACUGUGUUCCCGGUUGGUCGGGGCAGAACUGCGACACCAAUAUAAAUGACUGUAGCGACCAGUGCCAGAACGGGGGAACUUGUAAGGACUUGGUGAACGGCUAUCGCUGCAUGUGCCCACCUGGCUUCGCCGGGGAGCACUGCGAGCGUGACAUCGACGAGUGCUCGAGCUCGCCGUGCCUCAACGGCGGCCGCUGCCAAGACGAAGUGAAUGGCUUCCAAUGUCUGUGUCUAACUGGCUUCUCAGGAAAUCUCUGCCAGCUGGAUAUCGAUUACUGCUCCCCAAACCCGUGUCAGAACGGAGCGCCCUGCUUCAACCUUGCCACCGACUACUUCUGCGCCUGUUCGGAGGACUAUGAGGGGAAAAACUGCUCUCACCUCAAGGACCACUGUCGGACCACCACGUGUAAAGUGAUUGACAGCUGCACGGUUGCCGUGGCGUCCAACAGCACGCCAGGAGGCGAACGCUACAUCUCCUCGAAUGUUUGCGGACCCCACGGGCGCUGUCGGAGCCAAGCCGGCGGCCAGUUCAGCUGCGAGUGCCAGGAAGGAUUCCGGGGCACCUACUGCCAUGAAAAUAUUAAUGACUGUGAAAGCAACCCGUGUCGUAACGGAGGAACCUGCAUCGACAAGGUCAGCGUGUACCAGUGCAUCUGCGGCGACGGCUGGGAAGGCGACCACUGCGAAAUCAACAUUGACGACUGCCGCACCAACCCCUGUCUAAAUGGCGGCACAUGUCGAGACCUGGUGACUGAUUUCUUCUGCGAGUGCAAGAAUGGCUGGAAGGGAAAGACGUGCCACUCCCGGGAGAGUCAGUGCGAUGGUGCCACUUGUAACAACGGCGGCACCUGCCACGACGAGGGCGACACGUUCCAGUGCAAGUGUUCCCCAGGAUGGGAGGGGACGACGUGCAACAUCGCCAAGAACUCCAGUUGUCUUCCAAACCCCUGCGAGAACGGAGGGACCUGCGUGGUGAAGGGCGAGUCCUUCACCUGCGUCUGCAAGGAGGGCUGGGAGGGCCCCACCUGCACCCAGAAUACCAACGACUGCAGUCCCCACCCAUGCUACAACAGUGGAACCUGCGUGGACGGCGACAACUGGUACCGCUGCGAGUGCGCCCCUGGCUUCGCCGGACCGGACUGCCGGAUCAAUAUCAACGAGUGCCAAUCGUCGCCCUGCUCCUUCGGCUCCACGUGUGUGGAUGAGAUAAACGGCUAUCGAUGUUUGUGUCCACCAGACAAGUCGGGACCUCAGUGUCAAGAAGUUGUCAGAAAGCCGUGCACCGUCAACGGACACGCGGUCCACGACGGGGUCAAGUGGGAUGAAGACUGCAACACGUGUCACUGCUUCAACGGCAAAGUCGCGUGCAGCAAGAUGUGGUGCGGUCCGUCGAAAUGCCAGCUGGGGGCAAAAGGUAGAGGCGGCUGUCCGUCAGGCCAGAGCUGCGUCCCCGUCCGGGAGGGUCACUGUUUCGUCAAGCCCUGUUUGGACCAGGGAGAGUGCUGGCGCUCCAACUCGCCGCCGCCCGCCGCCAAAUGUCACCCCAGCUCCUGUUACCAGGACAAUAGCUGCGCCAACGUCACCUUCACCUUCAACAAGGACACCCUGUCCCGGGGCCUGACGGUGGAGAACGUCUGCAAGCAGCUGCGGCGCUUGUACGUGGUGAAGAAUUUCUCCUUGGAGCAUUCCGUGUCCAUAACCUGCGACCCCUCCUUCUCCGCUAGCAACGAGAUCCACGUCUGCAUUUCCACAGACGACCACCGACUGGACCGCAGCCCCGUCAAGGAGCUCACAGACUGGAUCGUGGACCUGGUCAGCAAGCGCCACGGCAACAACACCAUCCUCAGCUCCGUGGUGGAGGUGCGCGUGCCGAGGCCCGGCAAAACCGAUUACCUGGUGCCCCUCCUCAGCUCCAUCUUCAUCGUCCUGUGGGUCCUGCUGCUGGUCUCCAUCCUGCUGUGGUGCAUGCGGCGGCGGCGGAAGCAGAGCGGCCACGGCGGCGCGCCGGCCGCCGCCUCCGAGGACAACACCACCAACAACGUGCGCGAGCAGCUCAACCAGAUCAAGAACCCCAUCGAGAAGCGUGUGAGCCUCACGGUGGCCAUCAAAGACUACGAGGACAAGAACUCCAUCAUAGCCAAAAUAAGGACAAACCACCCCGAGGGGGACGAGGACGACAAGGAGCGGCACCUGCAGAAGGGCCUCUUCGCCAAGCAGCCGGCGUACACGCUGGUGGAGCGGGACGAGAAGGCGCCCGGCUCCAACGCCGCCUCCAAACUCCCCAACUGGACUAACAAACAAGACAACAGAGACUUGGAGACAGCAAACAGCAUCAACAGGAUGGACUACAUCGUAUAGCAGACAGUUGCCGUGCAACCGAGCCCGACGCCUUCACACCCCGGUGGUGGGUGGACCAGGGGAGCCUGGAGUCUCAGCCCGCAGUGGCUCAGACGCCCCCCUCCCCCUGUUAAUUUAAGUUUCGACAAGCUGGCUUACACUGGCAGCGACGGUUGCUCCGGGCGGCUGGAACCACAAGGCGCCGGUCAACAUUUCCGCUCUGCGAGUUUCACUCCGAUCCGGCGGAGACCCGCGCAGAGCUUCCCUGUCUGGAGAAAGGUGCCUUUUCAGCGUCACUGCAGCAACUGUCCAGAAAGAUUGACUUUAUUAUUUAUUUUUAUUUUGUGGAGCGGGCGGGGAGGAGGAGGGGGCGGGGGGGUGGAUGUCAGCGGUCGCUGCCAAUAUGAAGAAUUUAUGUGUCAAUGUAGAGCCUGUAGAUAUGUACAUUUUUUUUAUUAAUCAUUGUGUAUAUUUGAUUUAUUAACUUAAUAAUCAAGAGCCUUAAGAUAUCAUUCCGUUUUAUUUAUAUGUUCUGUCUAGUUUGAAGGUUUGGAUCGAGUGGAUCUUUCACUUUCUACAAAAGCCACAUUUCACUUCAAGUCGGCAAGAACGGGCGCUUUUUGUUUGGUUUUUUCGGGCCCCGAGUACGUUUUAAGUUCAUUUCCACGCCUUUUACAUUUCACGACUUGUCGCUGGGACCUGGACGGAGAGCGAGCGCCGCGAGCGCUGGAGACGGAGGCAGACAUAUUGCUUGCCUCCCCUGGAUUUAUACUUAAGGGAACAAAAAAAACAAAAAUCCUUCGUCAGACGGACCCAACGACGCAUUUCAGAGAUUGUUCGGCUCCUUUGACUUCACGCCGGAGUUUGUUAGUCGGCGAGUACUUGACCAUCAGGGGGCGAUGGGGACCCCAAACACUGCCUUGCUCGACCAGUCUGCUUCGUUUCUGUGCACAUUUCUUUCAAAACAACAACAAAAAAAAGAGGCUCUUACCGACAAACAUGUUUUAUCUCAUCUGUUAACCCUUUGAGAUCAUGGCAACAUUUUGUCCCGUUUCGUUUUUGAGGUUAUGAACUUGAGAAUUAUUUGUUGAUCUGGCAAUAUAUUUUUGAAAGUCAUAUUUAUUAAAUAUUUUGUAUGAAAAGAGAAUUAAAGUUGUCUUUGUUCUGAAAGCGGUGUGGCAAGCUGGUCUGUGGCCCAAACGUCCUCAGAGCUCACGACAGUGAGACGCCUUUGUACCCAGUCAUUCCUGAAGACAAAAAUACCUCCACAUGAUCCUCACAAUGUCCUCCUUGUUGGUGUGUUCAAGAGGCGGGUUUAGCCCGAACCUCUCAGCCUGACAGGCUUCGGAUGCUUUGUGAGGAGAUGAACUCGUGUAAACAUCUUCACUUAAGAGUUGUCUGUUUAUGGG